AUGGAGCCCGUUCCUGAGACGGAGCGCAUGGAGGAGUUUAGGUCGUCUCCUGUGCCUUCGCUGCGGCUGAACCCUCCGAGCACCAUUCCACGACUUGAUCUCGACACUCCGUCACACGUGCAGUUACACCAGAAGCCGCCGAACUACCGUCGAAGCACCGACCCGAGUCCUACCUCGCCGAGCAACUCGAGCUGCCUCGAAACAAUACCCGACUCACCAGACGCCGAAGAAGCAGCACUCGAAGCCGAGCGUGUGGCUCAGCUUAAGGCGGCCGCUGAAGCUGCGGAAGGCGGCGACUCUGCGGAUGGCAAGAGCCGCGGUGCCCUUGACGUUCCAGCGAGAGGCCGCACCAUGACAUUUGGGUCCCGGGACAAGCGCAAGAGGUGGAGCGUCUGCGGCGCUGAGCGUCGCGGCGACAUUGACUUGGAGACCAUCUGGGAGGAUUGA